UCUCCGGGAUCGCGCGCUCUCAUCAGUGUCCACCCAGCCCCGUUGCUCGGCGGAGGCCGCCGAGCGCCGUCUCCACCCACGCGUCUUCAUUUCGAGUCGCGCGUCGCGAUUCCGCCGUGGCGGGCACCCCGCGUGUCGUUCCUUGGAAUCCUCGCGCGCCAUAUACUGCCUACACAAUCCCGUGCGGGGUCGAUAACCCGCGAAGAGGCUCAGAGUCUUAUCUCGAGUACGUUAUACUUGCUUUGGAAAAGACACAGUGGAUCGUCACGAUUUCAAUCCCUUCGCAUUCCUGAUAGCGCCGUAUGCGCAGAAAUUUCAGUGACCAACGAUUCUGCGGACCAACCGAGAUUCUCUGUGAUAUUUUGUCGAAUAAUUUCACGAGAAAAUUCAAUAUCCAGCAACAAUUUUAUUAACGGUUUCACGAUAUGCAAGCGCAAGACACUUGAGAAUCUUGAGAACUUCCUGUGCACGCUGACAAAUGAUCGGUGUUUCGAGUGGAAGCGUUUAUUCGCUUCAUAUCGAUCUCAAGAACAGUAUUAAUAGCAGGACGAUUCCGCUCUUAAUAAUGCAUUCGCAUGUAUCUUUUGCGACGUUGACUCGCAAUAAUUUGCUUCAAUUGCAAAAUUAGAUCGAGAAAGGUGUGCGGGAUCAAACAGCAAUAUUUGCCAAGGUAAUCGCAGUGCAACGAUGUUCAAUCUCUAUCAGAGCCUAAACAAGAAGGAUGACGGUGAUGGGCAGCGGAAUCGCGAGUCGGAAGUGACCGGUCAUGACAGAUUCUGUCAGCAUCGUACUGGUCACUCGAGCACUCGUCGUCGCCGCCGUGCCGUCAAUCGCAGGACACAGAGUGCCACCGAGCUGAACGCCAGGGCGAUGAACACGGCACGGGGUUCGUUGCGACGAGGUCGCAGCGUGAGUACGGAGGAUGAGAAUGAGAGCGAGGAUGACAAGGGCCAUCAGCUGGCGAACAAGCUAGACAAUCUGGCGCGGCUACUCUUCAGCCGCGUGUCGGCAGCGCGGGGAUACAAGGAUCAGGGAGACGUCAAGAACGGUCGUUACACGGCACUGAAUCACGGUUCGAAAUCUGUCAGCGAGGAUGGAGUCGAGUACAUGGAAAUGGAGAAGAGAUCCCGCGAUCGUGCUUUAUCAAUUUGCCGUGACUACAUCGGGAAAACUCCACGUUUUGUUCUCAUUAAGCAGCUUAACAACAUCGGAUCGAGAGUAGAUAAGUAUUGGUUCAUGGUGAGGGACACGUCGCUGAAAACGGACAGACUGUUAACUUUGGUACCAUUAAAUCGAAACUGUCCACUGACUGCCUGUCCCUCUACCAAAGACAUCUUGAACAAUUUAUUCCUGGCCUUACAACAUCCCUACAUCUGUCCUGUUUUUCAUGUUGAUUUUCUUGAAUAUGAGGAUCAAACAUAUAUCGUCCUGGUGCAACCUAUCAAUCAGGGCAGCCUCAAGGAUCUAAUAUACGGCAUUGAGCGAAAUUGUUGGAACGAGGACUGGAUUCACAAGUAUGCCGCACGAGGCAAGGGACUCAAACUACCACAAGUGCAACGAAUGGGACGACAGAUAUUAGAAGCGUUAGUGUUCCUGAAGGAACGAGGAUUUCCCAUAGUGACUCAUCUUCACUCGGGCAAUGUGGUGAUUCAAAAUGGCGUUGCGAGAUUGGCCGGUCUGGAGAAUACUCUUCUAGGCUUUACCAGUCGCAUACAUCCUAUCGUGACAUCCCGAUUAACACAUUCCACUUCGAUUGAUAUUAUAUGUUUCGGGCAUAUGCUAUUCGAAAUGUGCGCCGGCUACGAAUUAUGUACCUUUAGACCAUCUGCCGUCCAGCUAUCAGACAUUGAAAUGUAUCCGCAGAUCGUGAGAUUCCUCGAGCUGAUAUUCACGGAAUCGGAAAAUCGUUUCACUAGUAUAGAGGAAUUGUUGAUCCACGACCUCUUUAGGAAUAUCGAUCUCCGUGAGAUGCGAUGCGCGGCUGUAACUGUAUUUCGUCCGACCCUGACACCUUCCAUAAUGAGCCUGCUCGACGGUAUUAAACGGCAAGACGCUGGAAAAGGAAUUACGAGUAUCGACAGCGAGGACAGUGUAUCGCUGAAAAGCUUCGACGGAUCCUUACUCACGCAGAUAUACAACGAGCUUUCACAAACAGCUUUAUAAUGUGGGAACAAAGUCUAAUAUAUACAUAUAUAUACGUAUAUUUUAUCUUGAAAAAAAAUGCACGUUCCUAUUAUAUUUGCAAAGUGCCAAGAAAACCCGUCGCUAAUUCUAUCAUAUAUUAUAAUAUAAAGGGCAUGUUAUAGGAUUUGUACAAUGAUAAUAUAAAGAUUAUUUGUGUGCUUUCUUCACAUUUGUCUGGUACAGAUAAAAAAGAAAAUUGUAGGUCGUUUAAAAUAA